CUCAACACGUCUACCAGCUUCGCCUUCUUCAGCCGUCUCCGCCGUGGAGCCAUGGUGUGGUGUAACCAUUGUGGGAAGAACGUUCCCGGAACACGACCAGCAGAUAGUGCAUUGGCGUGUAAUUUAUGUGGGAAGAUAUUGGAGAAUUUUAAUUUUUCAACUGAAGUUAAGAAUGUUGCUGUGCAGAGCCAAGUGUCAGGUGACAUGGUGAGCAGUGUUCAGAGUGGGAUUUCAAGCGCACGUGAAGGGAUAAUUAGUAAAGCUAGAGAUGAGCUUGUGAAUCUUAGAGAUGCUUUGGGGCUUGAUCAGGAUAGAAAUGAUGUGAUUGAGAUAGCUAUUCGAUUCUUUAUGAUAUCACUUGAGGAUAAUAUCACUAAAGGCUUCAGAACAGAACUAGUACAAGCUUCCUGCCUCUACUUGACUUGCAGGGAGAAAAAGUUUCCUUUACUUCUUAUUGAUUUUUCAAGCUACCUUCAAGUUAGCAUUUAUGAGCUACGUUCUGUGUACUUGCAACUCUGCGAAAUGAUGUACCCUGUCCCUAACCGUAACUAUGUUAAAAAGCUUGUUCAUCCUUUAAUGUUUAUUCCUCGAUUCUUAAACAGCUUGUUGAAAGGCAGACAUGAUCAAUAUGUCGUGAGAACAGCUAGAAACAUUAUAGCUAGUAUGAAAUGUGAUUGGAUACAGACCGAGGAAAAACUUAGUGGAAUAUGUGGAGUAGCAAUUUACACAGCUGCGCUUGCCCAUGGUAUCGUGUGCUCUAAGAAAGAUAUUGCGGACAUUGUGUAUAUAUCUGAAGUAACUCUAACCAAACGGUCGAUUGAGUAUGUGUCUGGAAGUUUAAAUGUGGAUUGCGAUAUUAACACUGAGGAGGAAAAGAGUUAUAAGAAGUUGAUAUGGGAACAAAUGCACAAAGAUUAUAUUAAGUUGUCCAGAAUAUGCAGGAAAGCUUGUUGAAUAUUCUAAAGCUGCUGUGGCAAAAUCUAGAAAGGUUGAUGAGAAGCUCUAUGAAGAGGAAGAAGAGGAUGGUUAUGAUUUGCAUUCUAAAACAAAGUUUUUGUAAGAUCAUCUCUAAUCUCUUUCAAUUCUUGUUACGAGGUGUCAUAAAACUUCUUGUGGUUGUUUUUUUUUUUUUGAAAACGG